AUGUCCAUCGCAUCUCCAAAACGACGAAAACUUAGCGGCGACGACGACGACAAAGGCAACGACGGCGAUGUCUUUUCGAGUCCUCAGCCGGGGACACAUUCACAGCUAGACUUUGAUAUCGACCGAACGCCCACAUCGCAGAAUUCGCAGCAUGCAUCGACCGUACCCUUCCGCCUUUCCCGCCCUCCAACUGCACUCCGAGCACCCUCAACGGCUUCGUCUUCGCAAGUUUCGCAGAACUCGAGCCGACGUGGCAACAGCCCUUCCAAACGCCCUCAAAGCCUACGUGCACUCGAAAAGCCGAUCGAGUAUGUCGCCUUAGAGGACGAUGCAGCCGCCCAAUUGCCUGCAGAUAUGCAAUCGUUGUAUAACCGGAUAUAUGAAAUCACGGUAGAACACGACCGGUUCUUGCCACAAAACGCUCGAGAGGACGUUCAAUCCAUACUUCGUCGAAAUAUACGGGAUGAUUGGUUUAUGAGUGCCGACGCUGGAGAGGCUAAUGCCGACGACGUUGCUCAGAACGAAGGCGAGCAACACGACGCCUCGGCCGAGCUGCAGGCGCUCAAAAAAAUUGAGUCAGCUGCUCGCGACAGUAUGCGUCUUGGACGAUCCGAAGGUGCAUGGAACAUCGAGGUCCACGGUCCAUUGCUUGACCUCGCCCUAUCGCGGCAUCGAUGCGUCAUGAAAGAGUACGUGACGACCUCCCAGAUUGCUCCAGCAUUUAUUCCUCCUACAACCGGUGGCGGGAACUUGGUCACUGGCAAGAUGGUUGAUUUCGUUCUCGUAUUGGCACCGGAUGAUGAACAUUCCUCUGUUGCCGACACUAAAUUCGCCAACUUGAUCCAUAGGACUGUUCUGGCUCAGCCGGGGGGUGUGCAGUAUAUUAACCAGACUCAAUACCCCCCCCUCCAAUUCCGCCCCAUCUCCGUCAGUAUCGAGACGAAGGCUUCCGGAUCAGCCGAGGAGGGCAAGUUACAGCUUGGAGUAUGGUCAGCUGCGUGGCAUCAGCGUAUGAGAGCCUUGCUCAACUCUGGUGCGACAAAAUCGACGGAUGGCGAACGCCGCAUCAUCACACUUCCCUUGCUGCUAGUUGUGGGACACGAGUGGAAGAUAUUCUUCGCCUGCGACCGAGGGGAUCACAUAGACAUCGUCGGAGAUAUGUCAAUUGGUGAUACGAAGAAUAUCAUUGGAUUGUACACUGUAAUGGCAGUGUUGGCUGAGCUUGCAAGGUGGUCCACAUCUGUGUUCGGAGAGUGGAUAACUGAUGUUUUAACAUCUAUCGACCUGGACUCCGCCUGA